AUGUCUUUGGCGCGAAACUUUCAGCUUGCUUUCUUUCUUUCUCGCUUCACUACUGUGCACCAUUCUCCUGCCUUUGCCGACACCCUCGUGCCUGGCAAUUCGGCUUCGAUAUGGUGUAAAGAAUGCGAAUAUCGUACAAGGCCCCUUCGAGUGCCGGUAUUCGAGUUUUUCAACCUCCUUGAUACACCAGCCGCUGUACGUGAAAACACCACACGCAGGUUGAAAGAAAACAACCCCCCCCUUAGAAUGGCUUCAGAUCCGCGUCGAGGGAGAGUAGCCGAGGUUACUCCCGAUGCAUCAUCUACCCCUGAAACAGUCCCAGCUACAGAGGUGGCAUCCACAGAAAUCCUACAACAGGAUGGCUCGGUGACACCGACGCCGGAAGGGCCAUCAUACAAGCUCAAAUUCUGCACAGUAUGUGCCUCUAACCAAAACCGGUCGAUGGAAGCACACUACCAGCUCUCCUCUGUUCCUUACCCAGUCAUCUCCUUUGGUACUGGCUCUUUGGUCCGACUUCCCGGUCCCUCUAUCACACAACCAAAUGUGUUUAAUUUCAACUCAACGUCGUAUUCUCAGAUGUAUGACGAGUUGAUCUCCAAAGACCAGCGACUUUAUCGCAAUAAUGGAAUUUUAAACAUGCUGGAGCGGAACAAAAAUCUCAAAUGGGGUCCGGAGAGAUUCCAAGAUUGGGUGCCCGGCCAACCUCGUAUGGACCACAUCUCAAAGGGCGAAAAAGGUAGUUUGGGGACCGAGGCCGGAGUCGUAGACGUUAUCAUUACUUGUGAAGAACGUUGUUGGGACGCGGUUGUCGACGAUCUCAUGAACAAAGGAUCACCGCUCAACCGACCAGUCCAUGUCUUCAACGUGGAUAUCCGAGAUAAUCAUGAAGAGGCCCUUUUGGGAGGCAAGGCUAUCCGGGACCUAGCUGCAAAGCUGAAUGAGGCCGCCACUGAGGAACGCCGUUUGGGCGGUGUUGAUGGAUGGGAUCAAGGUACGGGUGCAGCUCGACAAAGCUUUGACGAGAAGGUACCAGAAAUUCUGGCUUCGUGGCAGGAGAGGUAUCCCAAUCUACCGGCUCUGUGGACCUUGUCAUGGUUUUAUUGUACAGAUAUAUAUCAGGUUUUUAUUCUUUUUAUAUUGAACAUGGUCUCGCAAAAUGAAACCGCCUUCGUCCCCGCCUUGAUUGUUGUUGACAUGCAAGAAGAUUUUUGCCCGCCAAAUGGAUCGCUGGCCGUUCAAGACGGACGAAAAAUCGCGCCUGUGAUCAACUAUCUUCUAAACCUGCCCGCGUUCGUGCUCCGCAUCGGCACACAGGACUGGCAUCCGGCCGACCAUAUAUCCUUUGCCAGCAACCAUGCGCCACCCAACAACAAGCCGUUUGAGUCAUAUAUUGAGAUGAACAACCCGGCCCCGGGCCGAGAACACGAGAAAAAAUCGCAACGACUGUGGCCGGUGCACUGCGUUGGGGCGACGGACGGGGCUCGAAUCAUCCCGGAGAUCGCACAUGACAAGCUAGAUGUGCUAGCCAAAAAGGGCAUGGAUGCCCGAGUCGAGAUGUAUUCCUGUUUUGGAGACUCCUUUCACAAUACGAACCCGGUCCUGGUGAGGCAGUCGGUCGACGUGAAUGUGAUAGAGUUGUUGCAGGAGAAGAACGUCACGGAUGUUUUUGUGGUUGGCUUGGCGGGCGAUUAUUGCGUCAAGUAUACGGCGCUGGAUGCCGUGAGGGCUGGGUUCAAGAGCUGGGUUGUUGAGGAUGCUACCAAGUGUGUUGACUCGCGAGAGGGUUGGGGCCAGUCUCUGCUCGAGUUUAAGAAGCUUGGGGUGACGGUGGUUCGAAGCGAUGGUGCUGAGCUGGCCAGUCUCAGAGCGUGA